AUGAAGAGAAAAUCCACUUUUAUAAAAAAAAGUAUGAUGAAAGAGCAAAAUACUUUGGAAAAAUUUGGAAUUUUUAAAAAGGUAAAUUUAGUAAAACAAGAAAAAGAAAAAGAAAUAAUUAAAAUAAAAAAGGAAAAAAUUGAAGAUGAAGAAAAUGAAAAAAUAGUAGAAAAUAUUAUUAAAAAUGAAAAUAAGUUGGAAAGUGAAGCAGGAGAUGAACCAGGAAAAGAAAAUGUGAAAAUAAGUGUAAAUAAAAAAGAAGAUAUAAAUGAGAAUAAAAUUCCAUUACAUAAAAUAUAUCAACCAAUUUAUAAAGAAGAUUAUAUAAAUGAAAUAAGGAGUCAAACAAAUCCUUUAUUAAAAAAAGUGUUAGAUGAAGAUCUGAAUUUUAAUUUAAUUAUAUAUGGACCCCCAGGUAGUGGGAAAUCAUCUCUAAUAAAUGUUAUAAAAAAUAAAACGAAAAAUUUAUUUACAUAUUUAUUUUAUUUGAAUAAUUUAAAUAAUGAAUUAAAAAAAAUAUAUGAUCAAUCAGAAACUAAUUAUAAACAAUCUAAAAGGAAAACUAUACUGUGUGUAAAAGAUAUAAAUAGAUUAAAUAAAACUCAACAAGAAAAUUUAUUGUUAGUAUUAAAAAAGGGACACCUUUUUUUACUUGCAACCUGUUUAUUCAAUCCAAUGAGUACUUUAAACGCGUCUUUAAAUUCAAGAUGCUUAUUCCUAUACUUGCGCUCUUAUGAUAAAAAAGAAUUAAGGUUAAUUAUAGAAAGAAUAAUAAAUAAAUUAGAUGUCAAAAUAGAAGAAGAAGCUUUAAAUAUAAUAAUGAAUCAUUCUUGUGGAGAUGCAAGAGUUGCUAUUGGUAUAAUUGAUUUUGCAAUUCAGAAUAUGAAACAUAUAGAAUUAAGAGAAGAUAUAGAAUCGAAGGAUGUGAACAUUAAUAUGAAAGAAACAAACAUAAAAGAAAUCAAGGAAGAGAUAAAAUUAAAAGAAAAUAAUAUUCAUUCAUCUCUUCAAAAUAAAAAAAAAAGCAUACAACUCGAUGAUAUAAAAUAUUUCUUACAGAACUUUCCUUGUAAUGAUAGUAAGCUAGAUCAUUAUAAUUUCAUUUCAGGAUUACAUAAAAGUAUACGAGCAGGAAAUAUAAAAGCUGCUAUUUUAUAUUUAACAAAAUCACUAAAAAAUGGAGAAGAUCCAUUAUAUAUAUGUAGAAGAUUAAUAAGAAUAGCUUCAGAAGAUAUUGGCUUAGCUAACCACGAUGUUUUAUCAACAUGUGUUAAUACUCACUAUGCUUGUAAAGCAAUUGGGAUGCCUGAAUGCCAAACAGCUUUAAUUUAUGCUGUCAUUGUUUUAUGUAAAUCAUCAAAAAGUAAUUACAUUUAUGUAGUUGAAAAUAAUGCUAAAAAAAUAUGUAACGAAUACAGUUUUACCGUUCCUUUUCAUUUAAGAAAUACAUCAAAUAAAUAUAUCUACACAAAUCAACCUGAAAUUUUAACUUUUGAUGAACAUUUAAAUAAAUAUAAAGAUGUACAAAAAUAUUUACCUGAUCAUAUUGAAAAUUUAGAAAUAUUACCUGAACUGUAA